GGUCCUAUUUUUUAUACCCCUUGUGAGGUAAAUGACCUUUCAGAUAUAGCUUUUCAAGCAAUAGAUGAGGUUUCCGAAGAGCUUAGAGAAAUUAGCUUGAAGAUUCACGAUCAUCCAGAAUUGGGAAAUGAAGAAAGAUUUGCUCAUAAAUUAUUAGUCAAUUAUCUUAAAAAAAAGGGAUUCAAAGUAACUCCAAAUGCUUAUGGCCUUGAAACUGCUUUUGUAGCAGAAUUUCAUUCUAAAACUGGAGAAGGACGUGUUGUUUCUUUUAAUUCCGAAUAUGAUGCGUUACCGAAUAUAGGACACGCGUGUGGACAUAAUCUUAUUGCUAUUAGUGGUGUUGCUGCUGCUAUUGGUAUUAAAGCUGUACUUGAAAAACUCGAAAUUAAGGGAGCGGUAAAAUUGUUUGGUACACCGGCAGAAGAGUCUACAUUUGGUAAAACUGAUUUAAUUGAAGCUGGUGCUUAUAAAGAUGUCGAUGUUUCCUUAAUGAUUCAUCCACAGCAAUCUGUUGAUGUUGAAUAUUUCGGAAAAUCUGCACAUGCAUCAGGUGCUCCGUGGGAAGGAAUUAAUGCUCUAGAUGCUAUAGUAUUGGCUUAUAAUAAUAUUGCAGUGUUGAGACAGCAAAGUCUACCUACAAACAGGAUUCAUGGUAUAAUUACUAGUGGAGGAAAUGCGCCCAAUGUUAUACCGGAUUACACUUCUGGUAAAUUUAAUGUUCGAGGAAGAACCAUUGAAGAUUUAAAAGCCCUUUAUCCACGUGUACAAAGAUGUUUUGAGGCAGCAGCUGAAGCUACUGACGCAAAACUUAAGAUUACAUGGCAUAGUGAAGCUUAUGAGUUAAAAAUAAAUUCACCAAUGGCAACGCGCUAUGAGACUUAUCUUUCACAAAAAUUUGGAAUUAAAGUCCCUUCAAAAGAACAACAAUCUUCAAUUUCAUUCGGCUCUACUGAUCAAGGAAAUGUAUCGCAUGUAGUACCAGGAAUUCAUCCGACUUUUAACAUUUUUGAAUCGCCUAGCAAU